CGCAAUCACAACAACAAAGCCUGUCACAUCCAUCAGAUCCACUCUCAAAGACACACGCAACAACAACCUCGCUAUAGCAGCCACUCCAACAGUCGCGAGAUCUAGAUUGCACUGCUCCCUUUGCUCCACUUGUCAUCCACGAUGUCCCGACAAUCGUACUACCGUCAGUCGGCGCUGCCUUCCCUGGCCGCCCGCCCGAGCAGAAUGCGCGAAAGCAUGGUCGUCGACGUCGUGUCACCACUCGACGCGUGUGUCAACGCCGCAAGCGCGUGUGUUGAAACUCUGGGGAGUGUCACCGCCAAGCUCGAGCCAGGCGUACGCGACAUGGGGCGGUUGAAGAAAGUGUUGCGGGCGCAGCAUCACUAUCUCGUUCUUCCCGCGCCUGAAGUACAGCGCCGCCGGACAGAGUACGCAGCCGCGAUCGAGAAGCAGCUUGAGCCCCUGCUCUCACGAAGUGCGCAACUGCUUGAGGUAGAGGACGCCCAUAUCCAACGACUGGAGGGACGCCUCGCCGAGAUCCAGGGAAGCAGUCGCGCGGUGGAGCCCAAGAACGUGCCUCGGCGAGAGUGCGCCCUCGAUGGCAUCGACAUGCGGGACAAGGGGCUCAGCAUCGCACAACGGCGCAAGAUUGGCGCGCUCAAGAAUCGGCGCCAGAAGCUGCUCGAGGAGCAGAAGAGACUUAUGGGCGAGGCUGGUGGCGCACUAGCAUGA